CCUAGCCCCGGCAUUGUCACGCUGUGUGUCCUAAAACCACCGAUAGACGCUCCGCCACCGAAACUCAAGCCAGCGAACCCUCUCGACAAUGGCCUCCGACGUCGUGAAGUUCCGCUCCCUGACCGCCUCUCAGGUUAUACGUCUUCACAACUCCUUCAUCACGAGCGCCAAACCCACUCAGCCGUCUAAGUUGGAAUCAGCGAUGCAGUCGCUCAUGAGUAUCAAGAACUACACCAACCAACAGAACGUGUUCCAGCUUGCAGCAAGCCUCUCCGACAAGAUCAUUAAAACCCACGCCUUCCAGGAUGGAAAUAAGCGCACAGCGCUUGUAGCGGCAGACAUGUUUUUGAAGAUCAACGGGUACAAACUCCAAACAGUGCCCUUACAGCCCGAUGCUGCAAAGCAACCGCUGGAAAACGCUCUUGAUGCGGUAUGUACGGACGCGUGGACAGUCGAGCAACUGGGUCAAUUCUAUCAGCAGAUGGCUACCGCGAUUGAAGAGUGGACCCCUGAAAUCAUGGCGUAUAAAAACGGGGCUACAGGGUAUUGAGCGUUGAAUUAUGUUGGGGUUUCCUUUUUGUUGAUCACGACGCUCUUUACGUGACUUUCUUUGUGCGAAAUCUUUUUCAAUUGAGACGCUCUUUUGUGUGUUGUGGCGAGAGGUGAAAAUCACAUGUCCUUUAACUUAUCAAGCGCCUCUCUAAUUUCUGGUCUCAUGGUACUGGCAAGUUCUGCGAAUUCCGCUGCCUUUUGUCGGAGUGGCAGGGUCGCCCGAUUGCGGCACGGAAGGGUCUGGGAGCGGAGAAAGGUUGUGCAAUGGCGGUAUGCACAGCUCACUCAGUCACGGUACGAAAUCUAGCGAGCAUAGAGAGCGACGACAGUCUGACUAGUCGCUGUUAUAUGAAGGGCUAGCGGUGCAAUUCUGUACGGGAGAGAAAGGCGAUGAGAAUCGAUUAGGUUUGGAAAAACCCUAGACGGGACUCCACGGCGCUAAGCCCACGGCGCUAAGC